UCCAUCAACUUCUUAAACAAAGCCAACCUUUUCACCUCUGAUUCCAAACCAUUCAUGGCAGACAAAAGGCAAUCAUUUCGCUUCCGGUUCCCCUGGAGUAAUAGUACUCGUUCUAAGAAAGAAUCAGAACCAAGUCCAACACCUAAAACCCAAAGCCCUGCCCAAUCCUCCACCACAUUAGGCCCUGGUGAGCGGCCCCCAUUUCGGCCAGCAGGAAAAGCUCCGGUGAAGGACUCUCCUUCGCAAGCUCAAGGGCAACAGAAGACCGGUCAUCCACCCUCUCCUGCAGCCAGUGAGUCCCCAAAGAGUACUGAAUCCCCGUCUCGUUUAUCUCCAUCAAAGAAAUCACAUCCCUCCACUCAACAAAGCUCUCCCCCAUCACCUGCCACCUUUCAAUCUCAACCAGUACAGGAGGAAGCAAUAUCUCAGCCACAGAACCAUCGACGAAAAAUAGAUAUCAUUUAUGAAACUGAUUCCAGUUCCAAGGACAGUACUCCUAGAGCAACCACCUCUCAAACUCGUGAAACUUCUCCUAGGAGUAUCAAAAUAUUUGCUUCAUCUGAUAAAUCAGACUCUGACACCCUCAAUGGAGAUCACAAGCAGCUUUCGGAAUCAGAGACAGAGUCGAAAAGGCACGAAAAAGCCGAAAGAGUAGUGCAUAUACCAGCUGUAGAAGAAAAGACCAAUGGUUACACAGAACCAUUGCAAGAAAGGAUCACUCAACUUCAUGCUGCAGCAAAGGACUCGGGAAAUCAAGCCAAAGACCCACUUACUGUUGCAUUGCAUGCAGAUCAGCAACAUGAGAAGCAAGAAAAGGCCACUGAACUUCAUGCUACACCCACAGAAUCGGAAAAUCACACCAAUGACCCACUUGGAGUUGCAUUGCAAGCAAAUCAACAACCUGAGAAGCAAGUUUUUGUCACAGCACUUCAUGCUGUACCAAGAGAAUCAGGAAAUCACCCCAAAGAACCACACGGAGUUGCAUUGCAAGCAGAACAGCAACACGAGAAGCAAGCAUCAAUAGACUUGGGAAAUCACACCAAAGACUCACUUGGAGUUGCACUGCAAGCAGAUCAGCGACAGGAGAAGAACGAAAGUUUUGACAGAAAGGUGAUACAAUCCACCACCAGCUCUGGUGAGAAAUCUAUGAAGACCGAGAAGAGCUCCUCAAGGGUGUCUAUUCAAAAGAUGGUCGCAUCAAGUGGGGAACGAGCUCCCCCAAAGAAAGAAAUUAAGGAAGAUGUCUCCAAGGUUGAUAAGCUGGCAAUCCCGCACCAAAUGCUUGAUAAGCCAGUUGGUGUGGUGACCUUAACGGGUGAAAACAGAGGAGCAGAAAUGCUCUUAAGCUCAGAACCAGAAAAACGAGAAGAACCAGUCCACAUACACCGCAGUUACAAGCUCAAUCCAGAUGAUAAUGAAGCUACUACUACUGAUGGAGAGGUAAGCACCACAGAAGAAAUGUUUGAAGAUCAGAUGAAUGAGGGAGAUCAACAAAGGGGAACAUACAUCAACAGCAAUGUCCAGAGUGUCAAUAACUCUAUUGUGUUCAAUAGUUCUGUCACGGGAAGGAAUCCAGGUGUUGCUAUUUUUCCUUCAAACCUACCAGAAUCCAUCAUUUCACAUAAAGACAAAUCUGACUUACCCCAAACGCACAAGUCUCAAGUCAUCCAAACUCCCGCUAAUAGGCUCGCUCAUGAAUCCACUGUAAGACGGCGAUGUCUCAGAGGGCUGUUACUGGAAUCAAGUGACUCAGAACCAGAAAAUCCAGCCAAGCCUCGACGUCAUGGCUGCCGCUAUGUUUGUGGGAAGGAAAGCAAAGAGACAGAUGUAGGAAUUGUCUAACAAUGUGCCAUCUGAACUAUAAGAUCUACCAGAGAGCUGUGGAAAGAAAUGGCAUACAUAAUAGCAACCAUGUCUGUACAAAAUUGAAAAUAAUAAUUUUA